CGUGGGGAGAAUGUUAAGUGCGGCAUAAACGAGUCGUACGCAGCACGCCGAGACACAGAGAGACAAAGAAAAGAAGCACUUUACUCAAUUCAAUUUCUUUCGUUCCUCUCACUCACAAACUCAAACACAACAUGAUGUGGGAAUGGGACGAUUACCAAGACACCAUCCCCAAACACGACCUACCCCAACCCGAUUCCCACCUCAAAUUCGAUUUCUUCUCCGCCCUCUCCAGGCCCAAGGUCCUUUUUCAAACUUCUCAAAAUUAGGGACUGUUUGUUUGUGUAAUAACUGCGUUUUGUGUUGGGGGCAGGAUUAUUACAAGAUACUGGAAGUGGAUUACGACGCCACGGAUGACGCUAUUCGCUCCAAUUACAUUCGCCUCGCGCUGAAGUGGCACCCGGACAAGCACAAAGACCAGAACUCUGCUACCUCGCGAUUCCAAGACAUAAACGAAGCUUAUCAGGUUUUGAGUGAUCCAGUCAAAAGGAGGGAAUAUGACAUAAAUGGGAUGCGUUACGAAUAUGAUUACAAUAUAAUUGAUUAUCUCAACCGUUACAAGGGCCUUAUAUUGACGUGCAAUGGCCUUGGCAUAAAGCAUUCGAUAUGGUAAAAAACAAAACCAACAUCAGACAUCCUUCCAGUGCAUCUGGGACAGUUUUUUUUAAGUACCUGUCACUGCAAGCCAUGCUUAUUAAUGAAGAUAUCUGAUUAUGAUGUCCUAGAGAGAGUUUCAUGUUUUUGUAUAAAAAAAGGACAAAAUGGGACUUGUACCUCUUGUAACGUCGAAUGCUCUCGCCUCCCAUGCCUUCUUUCAUAUUUGUGUUUAUAUCAUCCUUCCCUGCUAUUUUAUAUGUUCCCAAUGUUUUGAUA